AUGAGGGUGAGAGAAGAGAGCUCAAGAAUCAUUAAACCCUCUUAUGACGAAGACUCUCCUCCCCCAACGACAAACUACAUUCCCCUUGGUGUCUUCGACAAAGUCACUUACAAUACCCAUAUAGCUGUAAUCUAUGCCUAUCGUCCUCCAACCCCGCCAUAUACAACCCUAGAGCUGGGGCUUCAAAAGGCGUUAUCAGUUUACAGAGAGUGGGCUGGAAGGUUGGGUCAAGAUGACAAUGGUGACCCUGUCAUUCUCCUGAAUGAUGAAGGUGUGAGGUUUGUGGAGGCAUCGGUUGAUAGCAAUCUUAAUCAAGCCAUGCCAUUGAAGCCUUCAGAGUCUUUACUAAGUCUUCACCCUAGAUUAAAGGGAGUGUUGGAGUUGGUGCAAGUUCAGCUCACAAGGUUUACUUGUGGAGCAUUGGUGGUGGGCUUCACGGCACACCACCUUGUGGCUGAUGGCCAUUCCACAAGCAAUUUCUUGGUUGCAUGGGGACAAGCUUGCCAAGGACUCGAAAUUACUCCACUCCCAUUGCAUGAUCGAGCCAUCUUCUCCCCUCAAAACCCGCCUCAUUUCGAAUUUGAUCAUACUGGAGUGGAGUUUAUGAACAAGAAAGUGGAUAAGCUUUAUCCUCUUGUCACUAAUUUUAUGGAUCAAGAUCGAGAAAUUGUGGUGCACAAAGGUCAUUUCACCUUACAGUUUCUCGCCAAUAUAAAAGCAAAAGCUUCUUCAAUGAAUGGUUCUAACAAGCCCUAUAGCACUUUUGAGAGCCUUCUUGCUCAUCUUUGGAGAGUCAUCACAAAGGCACGUGCCCUAAGCGGGCUCGAAACCACUCAAGUGAGAAUUUCAGUCAAUGGUCGUUCUAGGUUGAAUCUACCCAACGAGUACUUUGGGAACCUUGUGCUCUGGGCAUUCCCACGCGCCAAGGUGAAGGACCUAUUGCGCGAGCCAUUGCCCUAUGCGGCCAAGCUCAUUCACGAUGCAGUGGUGAAGGUGGAUAAAAAUUACUUCAAGUCAUUUAUCGACUUUGUAAGCAACAAGGUGGAAGAUGAAGACCUCAUUGCCACAGCUGACAUGAAUAAGUCGGUUUUGUGCCCUAAUUUGGAGGUGGAUAGCUGGCUAAACUUUCCAUUCUGUGACCUAGAUUUUGGAGGAGGAUGUCCAUACAUUUUCAUGCCAUCUUAUUUUCCUAUAGAGGGCAUGGUGUUUAUUCUGCCAUCCUUCAUAGGGGAUGGAAGCAUUGAUGCUUUCAUACCUCUAUUCGAGGAUAACCUGCCCAAUUUCAAGCAAAAUUGCUAUUCUAUAGAAUAG